UGCAGCAGUCCCUCUGUACAGUGAUGCUCGCAGCCGCAGCUCGCUGCACCGCGCUGCCACAGCGGAACAUAACAGACAACAAUGUGCAGGAAGAGGACAACUGAAUCCCUCCUGACACAGUGACUGACUGAUCAUGGCCAGUCGGUGUCGAGACGGACCUCGCAGCCGUUCGGGAGACUCGGAUGGUGGCCUAAAAGCGGCCCGCCAACAAGAACCGUCCGGAGAGACCGAGGACGCGUCAGAAUCUCUGAGGGAGAUUCCGCGAUGGAUGCGGCUUUACUUCUACGGGAUGCACGGCGUGACUCUGGAUGUCCUGCUCUCAUCGUUGCAGGGGGUUUUGAAUUAUCGGGACCCUAAACUGGUGGGCUUCUCCUCUCCGUAUCUUUGCAUCAUGCAUUCACUGACCCACUUUGCGCUGGAGAAGAUCUACUCACAGAAGAGGAGUUUCCGAGGUCGGCCUGUUGUGUUUCAUCUUGUUUUCUACCCGUCUGUCUACAUCGGGCUGCAGAUCCUGAUCGGGAACAUAAACACUUUGACUGAGCAGGUGAGGGUGGUAUCCUGCACGCAGCUUGCAGUGCAUUACCUCCUGGCUCUCUAUUUCGCUCAGGUGUUUCACAGAGGGCUGUCAAGGCUGCAGUAUCACCCCUCCUGCAACCCCGACCCAUCGCGUAAACCCAGCCCGGAGGAGAGCGCUCCUGAUGGGGGGCCUCUUCACGGUCUCCCGGGCUUUGUGCGCUUCUUAUUCUUCGGGAUGCAUGGUUUUCUGGAUGAGGUGCUUUUCACCUCUGUGUUUAACCUGGUGGAGAAGUCUGACCGGACCCUCAGUGGUCACACGUCCCUUUGGUCUUUCCUGAUGUACGGCAGCUGCAGCUUCGUGGUGGAGAAGCUCUACCUCCACCUGCACUUCAGCAGAGGCUGGGGGACGUGCCGGAGGCUCCCCAUCUACAUCUGCUUCAUCUACACCUGGGAGUUCUCCUGGGGUCUGGUCCUGAGGCAGUUUGACGCCUGCUCCUGGGACUACUCUCAUUAUCCCCACAACUUCAUGGGACUCAUCACCCUCCUCUACUUGCCAGGCUGGGUCUGCCUUAGUCUGUAUCAGGACGUGCUGUCCAACGUCCUGCUGAGAAUUAAGUGCACCAAAGAAGUGAACGGUUUGAGUGAUGAGAAUGGGGAGGUCAAUGGACAGCUGGAGUCAAAGAAAAAACUUUAAUUCUUCUUUUUGAGGUUUAACUUCUAGGGAAAGUCUGGCUCACAUUAGACUAAUGAAGAAACAACCAGGCGUUAUUGAAUUAACUAAUUAACAAAUGAUUUAAUUAUUUAAAGUUUGAUAUUGAAGAAAAAGUUUAAGGUAAAGAUGUAUAACGAGGGACCAGUUUGGCCUUUUAACUUGUCUAACAUAUCAAAGUAUUUAAGAUAACAAUUACUUUGAGUCUUUGGUCAGCAAUGCGAUGCCAUGACAACGGAUGUUGAGAUAUUGAAUAAAACAUUUAGUGCAGUUGAUAUUUUCAGCAAAGUUAGAGUCCGGGUUACUUUGGAGUCUAGACGUUUGUUACCAGCUGAUAUUUCUGGGUCCAGUCAUAAAUAUUAAACACACACACACACAGACUAAGGACCCUGAAUUGUUUACUUAACCUGUUUAAAUUAAGACUACUGCCAUUUUUAUCUAUCUGAUAUGAAAUACAGUUGUAAUAUUGUAAUAUUUUACAAGUCGUCAUGACUUUGGAAGUGUGAAUAUUACAUUUUUUUUAAAGGACUGCGGUGGCAGGAGUGCCACGUUAUACAUUACACACAUUGUCGCAGGUCUAGUUUGAGUUGGACUGAUUGUGUCAUUUAUGCAUCGGCAUGCUUUAACUGUAGCUCAUAUCUGCAUGCCACGACGUACAAAUAAAAUAACAUCUGGGAGGUUUUGUUUCAAAAGGUGUAUGGAUUAGUUCAUGUAUUGACCCCCCUAAUAUUUAACAAAGUUGAAGGGACAUUGUUCUAUCUAAAUGUUCAUCUCUUUUUAUUUAUUUAAUAUUUAAGUGUUGUGCAGCUCAUCUUGUUAAUAUGACCCCAGAGUAAUGCAUGGCAACUAGAGUAGAGAUAAACCCAGUGAUAUAUGUAGCAAGAAAACCUGUAGCUGAACGGACACGAGGAGCCGAGUGAGAUUUUACUGUGAAUCUUUCAUGAACCAAACGUUGCUGGAGUGCCUUCCUGUGCGAACAGAGUUAACCCGACUCUGACAAACAAGGCUUGGUGUCCAUGGUGGCUCCUCUUUUUUAUAUAUAUAUAUAUUCAAAGCACUGCUGUGUUUCAUUAUCCGAUCAUUAUUUUAAAAAUGUUUUAACCUUCAGCACUAUUGAUCUCUGUCAGGUUUAUAUUUGUUCCGCUCUCAGAACAGGUGUUAUCCAGCACAAACAAUAUAAAACAGCAUAGCUUUCAGCAUCAUUUCAGGUUUCAUUUUGGCAAAUUGAACAACCUAAACCAAGGUGCAAUAUUAUUUUCAUUCUGUGUAACUGCUGAGGAAAUAAUAAUGGGUGAACAGUCAUGAAACACCAUUGAACUUCCUGUUAAGGACACUUUUUUUUUUUUAAUCCUAAGUUAAAAAUAUUGUUAUAACCCCGUGCAGCAAGUCUAGUCAAGUCAAAUUAAUUUCAAAAGUACUUUUACUGAGCUUGUUUACCCCAAACUGAUGGACAUUUCAUGUAAAAUGCUUUUCAUGACAGACGGGCAGCCCAAAGCUGACCUAGAAAUCUGUCUUAAAUAAAACAUAUUGAAUAGAACCAACUUCACUUGAAGUGAACUUAGUAAAUCCAGUUUUUAGUUGAAUAUUUCCUGUGUAUGCUGUGUAGAGCAUAUUCUCAUGCCAAAUUUGCUUUGGAGUGGUCUAUUGCCUUAUUAACAAACUAGUAUAAGUACCUUGCACUGUGACUAAACAAAUGGUGGUAGAUUUUUAGCAAAACUACUCCAGAAUUCAGAAUUAAGUGGCUGAUAAACUGAUGGAUUUGCCAGUAUUUGAAGAAUAAUUUAAAUUUGGUGCUGGAAUCAAUCCUGUCAUUAAUAAGCUACCCUUUAUAAUUAGGAAAUAUUUUUCUUCUAAUCACAAUUUAAAAUUUGGAUUAUUUGUAUUAACCUGAAUGAAGGAAUUAAUAGAAUUUUCUGAAUGUUUAAAUACGUUUGUGAUUUGUUGGUAUAAAACUUAAAUGAAUUUGAAAUCUAAAGCUUGAUUUCUGUUUUGAUGAAUCCUAGUAACAUACUUCAAUACAAGGCAAAACUAAUGAUUAUAUUCCCGUGUGUGGUAUGGGGAGGCACACUGAAAACUGUUGCACGUCGUUAAAUAUAUUGGAAUCACUCACUUUGGAAACCAGAUUUUCUUCUUGUCUGUGUGUUUUAUCAAAGAACCAAGCGUCUUGUCUGCUCGUAUUUUGAAUUGUAAUUUGCAAAAAAUAUUCAAUCUUAUAAUUUACUAUCAACAAAUAUACAUCUCAAUACCUUUGGCUGGUGUGUUUUGGCAUUUUGAUUUGUUUAACUGGGCAGCUAUACUGAGAUUCUCAAACGUUUGCAUUCACUGAACUACAGCCACACGAGUGUAUGACUUUGUACUUUGUACAUUUUGGAGAUUUUCCAUGGCCGAUUAACUGUAUUUUAAUUUUUGUGCUGUUGUAUUCACCAGUUUUUAAAAAGACCAAACUUGUUUUGAGAAAAGAUCCGAGACGUUGGAAUAAAAUUCAAAUUAAAGUGAAAAAUGGUGACUGACUUGCAAUGGCAUGUACUGUACGACUUAUAAUUUUAAUUAAAUCUGGA